AUGGGGUCUCAAGGCUUGCCGUUGAAGACGAACGGCAUCUUCCACAGUUUGCCUACCUUCUCUCCAGAUGUCAAAGGGUUGACCGCGAUUAUCACUGGUGCGAAUGGCAUCUCAGGCUUUCACACCAUGCGUGCACUGCUGGACAGUCCAGAGCGCUGGACGAAGAUCUGGGCAGCAUCUAGACGACCGCCACCAAAGGAAAUGAUGGCCUUGUUGACCGAGGACCAGCGCUCCAGAGUCGUGCAUGUAGCUUGUGAUUUUCUUUCUAGUCCAGAAGACAUUUGCAAGCAGUUGCAGGAGAAGAACGUCUCUGCCGACUACAUCUUUUUCUACUCGUACGCACAGCCCAAACCAAAAGCCGGUACUGCAGCGUGGUCAAAUGCCCAGGAACUGGUUGACACAAAUUCUGCACUCUUGAAGAACUUUCUUGGUGCUCUCACUCAUGCCAAGAUUACGCCGAAGCGCUUCCUACUACAGACAGGAGCGAAGAAUUACGGUGGUCAUAUCGGCCCAGCUCGAACACCAUACGCUGAAUCAGACCCUCGUGUGACACUGGAACCCAACUUCUACUAUCCACAAGAAGAUCUUCUUUACCAGUAUUGCAAGGAUCAGCAGAUUCACUGGAACAUCAUCUGUCCUGCAUGGAUCAUUGGCGCCGUCAACAACGCAGCCAUGAACGCUCUGCACCCGCUCGCCGUCUACGCAGCCGUGCAGGCCCAUAAAGGCGAGAAGCUCAAGUACCCUGGCGACUACAACGCCUGGCUAGCACUUGGUGAGCAUAGUACGGCCUACUUGACGGGCUACCUCAGCGAGUGGGCAGUCCUCGAGGACAAGUGCAAGGACCAGAAGUUCAACUCAUCUGAUACUUGCCCAAUCCCCAAUAACCGGUUGUGGCCCGAGCUGGCUCGGUGGUAUGGUGCGAAAGGCUAUGAACUGCCCGAGCUUGACGAGAGCAAGCUCACUGUGCUAGAUGCCGGUGAUGUACCUACACCACUCGGCUAUGGCCCAUCACGCAAGUUGCGCUUCGCAUGGACAUUAACGAACUGGGCUCAACAGGAAGAGAACCAGAAGGCUUGGCAAGAGAUCUCGGCGAAGCAUAAUUUGACGCAUAAUCCUUUUGAGGAUAUCCAGGCACAUUUUGAGUUUGGUGACUUCGCCGCUUGGGGUCCUGCAUUUGCGCUGUCGAUGAACAAAGCUAGGUAUAUGGGAUGGACGGGACAUGUGGACACGCUUGAAAGUCUGCACAUGGCUUAUACUGAGUUGAAUAAGCUAGGGAUGUUACCGCCGCCUGUCGAGAAGGCUCGGCCCCUGAUCUAG